AUGCCUCUCUCGCAUUAUAUUGGACAUAUGACUCGAGCCGAGCGGAGUCUGACGGAUCAAAUCAAAGAGGCGAGAGAGCUUUUAUCCACCAUCAACCUGGUAUCGAACGAAGAAGCUCUCGAUUCACUUUUGCUCAACGCAUCACUGCUUCAAGACAAAAUCAGAAGAGCUGAAGAAAGACUAGAAGCUCUAUUGAAAGCUGAAGAAGGCGAAGCUAACGAUGACGAUGACGAGCUCGAGAAGAAAAUGGAAGAAAAAGUGAAGAAUGUGACGAAAAUCACAGAAGAAGGAUGGGACUUGGUCGACAAAAUCAAAGCUCACCAAACAUUGCUUGCAAAACGUCUAUCCAAUACCCAACCGAAUCAACUUGUCGAAACUCCACGCCAAAACCAAGGGCCGGAGCAAGGCACAAAGGAACGUUAUUCUAAUCUUCCAAAGAUAACAAUUCCGAAAUUCAAAGGAAAUACAUGGGAAUUUCCAAACUUCUGGACCUUGUUCCAAGAAAUUGUCGGCAAAACCGACGAAUCUCCACUCAUCAAGCUGAAUCAUUUGAUUAAUUCGCUGGAAGGAGAACCCAAGAAUCUUCUCAAGAAGUUUCGGGUUACAGCCGAGAACUACGAACCUGCCAUACAACUGUUGAAUCAAAGAUACAACAACACCGAGGCAACGAUAGUCGCAUUAACCGAUCAGCUGAUGAAAGAGCGAUCAAAAGGUUUGAAAACCGCAGAUCAAAGACAACUGCUCGACUCAAUCAACAUUCUCAUUGAACAACUUGUGUUGAAUAAAGAAGAAACUAACACAAGGAUGAUGAAAGAAGUUGUGAUUGCCAAAUUCAAUGACUCCAUCAAAAAAGAAGUGUUCAAAAAGAAGAUUGAAAUGGGCAGAGAACAAUCGUGGACGAUGAAGAAAAUUCUGGAAGACCUCGAGGAAAUCAUAUCGCGAGAUGAAGAUAUCGAGAUGUUGAUGAAAGUCAAAACCAAUGAAGAAGUUGCCAAAACCGAAGACAAAAAAGGUAACGGCAACAGUCCACAAAACCAAAAAUCCAAUGGAUCAAACAAAGGAUCAAAUGAUGCUUCGAAAAAAGAAUGGAACUGCAUCUUUUGCGACGAGAAACAUCGCAACUUCGAAUGCAAAAAAUUCGCUGAUCCUCAAAGUCGGAUGAAAGUGAUUACUGAACAACAACGUUGCGUAGUCUGCUUCAGCAAACAACACAAAUCAACCGACUGCCACAAAUAUCCAUGCAAAAAGUGCAAACAAAAACACCACAACCUUCUUUGCACCAAAUCAAACAACCACAUGGAUAAAGAUGCCAAUGCUCAAAAUAAAGGAGCCAGCACCAACAACAAUUCGAAACAAACCCACGAAAAUGUGAAUCAUUCUUCAAUCGAGCACCAAGACGACGAAAAACAUGUUUUGGUUUCAAGUCAAAAGAAGAAAUCAUUUUUGCCGACAGUUUGUGCUUUGGUUCGAGAUCCGAAACAUGAUGUAUGGAAAAGUGUUUCGAUACUCAUCGACAGUGGAGCAGAUCAGUCGUAUAUCAGUGAAGAAAUGGCUGAACUACUACAUCUUCCAACAAUUGGUCAAGUCAAUCUUCAAUUGAGAACAUUCGGUAAAGCUGAACCUGUAUCUCAAAUAUUCGACGAAUCCGAAGUCGAAGUGAAGAUGGAAAAUCGAUCAAUCAAAUUCAAAAUGCUGAGAUCAAAACAUUUGACUGGAUGGAUCAGAAAAGCAGAAAUGUCAGUCAGAGACAAGGAAUUUGCCGAGAAAAAUCGAAUUUCACUCAAUGAAGAUGUUUGGCAAGAAACGAUCAAACCAAGCAUCAUCAUCGGAUGUGACUAUCUCACAACCAUUUGGAACGGUGAACAUCUGGUCCUUCCAUCUGGCCUUCAACUGAUCAAAACGAAACUGGGAUUUACAUCUCUUGGAAUGCCGGAUCCAACUUUGAAAGGUUCGAAGAUCGAAUCAUCUGAAGACUACUCCGAGAUCAACAUUGCCAUCGAUGAUGAAAAAGUUGAAAUCGAACAAAUGUUGGACACAAAAAUGAAAGCUGAGAAUGAAUUCACUGGUUCGUUAGCCGAUGAGAAGAAAGCGAUUGAUGAAAAAACACGCCAAUUCUUCAACGAAACAAUCGAAUUGCGUGAAGAUGGUUAUUAUGUAAGAAUACCAUUCAAAGAAGGAUACAAAUCACUUCCGAGCAAUUAUGCGAUAGCUGCAAGAAGACUCGAAUCCGUGGUGAAGAACUCACCGAAAGAAGUUCUACAACAAAUGGAUGAGAUAUUCAAGAAUCAAUUGGCAAAAGGAAUCAUUGAAAUCGUCGAGCCGAAUGAAAAACCGAAAGGACUGGUUCAUUAUAAUCCGCACCAACCGGUGCUCACUCCCGACAAAAUCACGACAACCUGCCGAAUUGUUAUUGAUGGCAGUAGUCACUUCAAAGACGAGCAAUCAUUGAAUGAUGUGAUAUUUCAAGGUCCAAGUGAUUUACCUGAUAUCACCGAAUUGCUCACCACUUUUCGAUCUGGAAAGAAUGCUCUGCUUUCCGAUGUGGAAAAAGCCUUUUUAUGUGUUCGACUACAAGAACGAGAUCGAGAUGUCACAAGAAUCUUGUGGGUUCGAGAUAUCAACAAACCAGUAUCCAAAUCGAACAUCAUUAUAUUUCGACAUACUCGAGUGAUUUUUGGAUUGAAUGCUUCACCAUUUCUGUUAGCCGCCACAAUUCAACAUCACUUGGAGAAAAACCACAAGAACAACACGAUUCCGAACAUCAUCGACAACAUUUAUGUUGAUAAUUUGAUAAUGACCUUCGAUGAGAAUCAAGAUGAAGGCCAUCAAUUGUACCGCCAACUCAAACGAAUAUUCGGAGAAAUGAAUAUGAACCUUCGAGAAUUCAUGAGCAACAAUUCCGAUAUAAUGGAAAUGAUUGAUGAAAAAGACAGAUCAAAAGAAGAAAUCGUCAAAGUUCUUGGUAUUCCAUGGAACAUCAAAGAAGAUCAAAUAUCAAUGAAGAUUGAAUAUGAAAAUAUGAUCCAACCGAACUCCAGAAGAUCAGUUUCAUCCACAAUCGCCAAGGUUUUCGACCCAAUGGGCUAUUUGGUGCCAAUUCUUUUGAAAGUCAAACUUUUCCAAAGAAAAUUAUGGAAUGUCGAUUAUCAAUGGGAUACUCCGAUCAGCGAAGAACACGAGUUCGAGCUGCAACAAAUUAUCUCAGGAAUCGACAAUUUCGAAAUCAAAUUGCCACGCGAAAUUAUCUCCAAAUCCGAUCCAAACACAAUAAUUGUAUUCAGUGAUGCGAGUAAAGAAGCUGCUGCUUAUGCAAUUUAUGUAAAAUCGAAACAUGGAGUGAAACUGAUUUUUGGAAAAUCAAAAGUUCGACCGAUAAAUGAACCAUGGACUAUUCCGAAGAUGGAAGCACAAGCACUUUCAAUGGCAACCACGAAAACCGAAACAAUGGUUCAAGCAUUGCUCAAAGCCAAUAUCAAAAUUCAAAAGGUGAUCUUUUUUUGCGACAAUGAAGCAGUAUUGAAAUGGGUUCAAGGACAACCAGGACGGAAAGAAAUCGGAACUUUCAUAUACAACCGAUUGAGAACAAUGAGAUUCGCUGUUUCUCAGAUUGAAAGCCGAGAAGUCAAAGUUCAAUUUGGUUAUGUCAGAUCGAAAGAGAAUCCAGCAGAUCUUGGAACAAGAGGUGUGGACAAAUAUUCAUUCGGAAACUCAAUCUGGUGGGAUGGUCCGAAAUUCUGCCAAGAAGACACCUCAAAAUGGGAUUCCAAACUGUUCGAAAUCAAAGACGAAGGAGGUAUCGCACAUUUGAAUACGGUUUAUGAAGUCACGAGUGAUGAACAACUGUUCAAAUGUGAACGAUCAAGCUCCUUGGCCAAAUGCAAAAGAAUUGCUGCAUAUGUAUUGCGCUUCAUAUGGAAAUCUUCGAAAAAUCUACCAGAAACCAGAAACCGACUCAAGAACAAUAUUAUUGAAUUUGGCUCAAUUUCCGAUGGUGGAGAGAUUACCGCAGAAGAAAUGAAGUCAGCUGAACAAUUGCUCAUCAAACAACACCAAAAAUUAAUCAGCGGAUCAAAAAUGAUGAAGUUGAAAGACUUGAAUUUGGAAGUGAAUGAGCAAGGAAUAAUCGUGUGCAAAGGACGAUUUCAACAAAGUGAGUCGUCAGAUGCUGCUAAAUUUCCAGUAUUGAUUGCCGAAAAAUCUGAACUAGCUAAACUCAUUAUACGAGAAGCACAUGGAAAAUGGCACUCAUCAAUUGGACACACAAUGGCUAAUGUUCGCACAAAAUAUUGGAUUCCGAAAUUGCGACAACAAGUCAAACAUCAAAUGGCUCAAUGUGUCAAAUGUCAAAGAUUCAAUGGACAACCAAUGAAAUAUCCAAAUAUGGCAAGUCUUCCAAAAUCUCGAGUAAUUCAAUCAAGACCAUUCGAGACAGUGGGAAUCGAUUAUUUUGGACCUAUCGACUACAAGACAGACAACGAAACCAUCGAAAAAGCAUAUGGUAUCAUAUUCACAUGCUCAACAACUCGAUUGAUUCAUCUUGAAGUCGUCACAUCAAUGGACACCAGCGCUUUUUUGAAAGCUCUUCGCCGAUUCGUUGCCAUCAGAGGGAUACCUCGAGGAAUAAUUUCGGAUAAUGCACCUCAUUUUUUGUUGGCCGAACGAAUUUUGCAAGAUACACAAUCCAAAAGCUCCUUGAAUGAGGAAAUUCUCGAGUUCCUGGGAGUCAAGGAAAUCAAUUGGUCUCACAUUGUUCCAUACUCACCAUGGCAAGGUGGAUUUUAUGAAAGACUGGUGAAAUCAGUAAAACACGCUUUCAUGAAAGGAAUUGGAAGACAAAUUUUGAAAUUGGAUGAACUGGUCACCACCUUCCAAGAAAUUGCCGCAUCAUUGAAUGGACGACCACUCACGUAUGUGGAGGAAGGACCAGAUACGGUGAAAAUCAUUCGACCAAUUGACUUUAUUCAAAAUGAAAUUUCGAUUACAAUUCCGAUGAACGAGUUGGAAGAAGUCGAAGAUGAAUACAGACCAUCACAGGAGACUAUGGCCAUGCGAACUCAAAUCGAAACAAUCAAAGAGUUGAAGUCCUCGAUCAAGUCAACCGAAAAUGUUUGGGAAAUCUGGAAAACCAAAUACUUUGCCGAACUUCGCGACAAACACAAAUUGCGAAUGGACAAAAAACGAGGACCAAUCAAGAAACCGUCAAUUGGACAAGUUGUUUUGAUGUGCGAUCCAGACCAACCCAGAAACUACUGGAAGCUGGCAAAAAUUAUUGAAGUCAUCAAUUCAAAAGAUGGAGCAACCAGAGAAGUUUGCCUGAAGAAAUCAAAUGGUCGAGUUACCAAACGCCCAAUCAAUUUGAUCGUGCCACUCGAAAUUGAAUCAGAACAAGUGCGAGAAGAGCAGGAAGAUAUUGCUGAACCAGAACAAGGUGAAUCAAGUUAUAAUCUUCGAAAAAGAAAACCGAUCAAUUACAAGGAAGAUGAAUCAUUUGUGAAUCACUCAAGAACAACCAAGACCGGACCCUGGUCAGUAUCAUUUGCUUCGAUCCGAUCAAUUCCGAUAUUGUGUAUAAUAAUACUAUCACUCCAAAUGGCAAAUGCUCAACAAACAAGUGUUGGAGAUGGAGUGGAAUGCACAAAUUUUGGACUCAAACUGAUUGGAAAGGUCGAACAAUUUGAAGUUUGCACCGACACGGGAUCAUAUUGUACAAAUUGGAAGCGAGUGAAGUUCAACCAACAAGAUGAGAUCGAUGUUUGGCUUCCACCAGCAGUAAAAGCUCGAAAACACAGCUGCACAGUCAAAAUAUUCAAAGAAAAUGUCGAAAUUAUCAACAAGAUAUGCCCAGGUGUCAAUAUUUGUGAAACUAUUGAUUGCACUUUAUGCUGGUCCAACAUUUUCAAUCCCGAAUGCCAUCCGCAAUAUGCAAUUAUUGGACUAUGUGUGUUGAUAUAUGGAUUGCUUCUCACCAUUUAUUGCAUUUUCAAUAUUCCAUUACGAAUUGGAGAACCAUUGAUUAUUGCUUGGAAAGUUUGUAUUCACAUUGGAAAACUUUGCAACAUGUGCAAGAAUUGCAUGAGAUGGAUUUGGAAAUGCUGUGUAUCAAAAAGAUCAAGCAGAAGGAAAUGGAAGGAUUUGAUUACAAUCAUUUCUAUUUUGGUUGCACAAGUGAACGGAUGCCAAGAAACCGACAUCAUUCACAACUCCGAAACGGUAUGCUCAAAUGACAUCGGCACUGGCUUGCCACAAUGCCAGGUGAUCACCAAGCAGUUUCUGAAGCUGAACAACAUCCAAAAAGAAUCAUGUAUUCGAAUGAUCAAAAAUGGUACUGCGAUUCAAGAAGUACGAAUGGAAUUCAAAAACAUGGAAAUGAAAUGCUUGAAGAAAUCAAUAUUAUUUACCCGAGACAUCAAUCAAAAGAUAUGGAUAUCAAAAAGAUGUGCUAGUAUGGGAAGCUGCGGAGAAAACAAAUGUAUGAAUAUACGAAGAGAUUCAAACAUUCCAGAACUGGAUCAUGUACAAAACUUCACUGGAUCCGUUUUUUGUAUGGAAACUUGCGGUGGAUUGACUUGUGGAUGCUUCUACCCAAGCGCAGCUUGCACAUUCUACAAAAUCUUCGCAGAAAUCAAGACAACGGAUAUUUUCGAACUUUUUGAAUGUGAAGAAUGGACUCCUUCAAUGAAUGUCAUUGUCUCCAUCCGAAAUCUUAUGAAGAAAUCGAGCAAUGUAGAAACGAUCAAUUUGAAAUUGAAUCAACCUCAUGGUCACAAAGGAAACAUCUUCACCCUCGAAGCUGUAUCGAAUCCACGAUCAACAAUUUUGGACUCGAAAUACAUGUCAAGAAAUGGUUCGACAAUAACCUGGAAUCAACAAGAAUUACCCGAAUUUAGAUGCAAAAACGAAAAAGAUGCAAUUAAUGCAAAUUGCUCGUUAUUCGAAAAAUGCAAUUGUCAACCAACCGAGCAAGAAAUGAAAUGCGAAUGCGAAGACACAAAUUUGGAGAAGGAAUUCAAUCAAAUCGACAAACGAUUGCCGAUUACAGUUGGACAUUGGACAUUAUCAUCCGAACGAGGAAAUGUGAAAGCCCAAAUCCAAGAAGGUGUGGCAACAGAAAUUGGAAUCAAAUUGGCAAGCAACAAAAGUGACUUGAUCAUGAUCAAGGACACGGAUAUCUGCCAAGUUAAGCCGCUGAUGCUGAAUGGGUGCUACAAAUGCACAGAAGCAGCGCAAGCAACGAUCAAAUGCUUCUCACGACAACAUAACAUCAUGGCAACCGUGAGAUGCCAGGAAGAAAUGUACACGGUGGAUUGUUCCCCACAAGGAACAGUAAACGCAUUGAACUUGUUCGAACAAGUCGCGAGAAUCGAGAAGCAAUGCUCCGUGGAAUGUGGAUCAGAACCCACAUCAUUCAAAAUUGCUGGAACACUUCGAUUCACAGGAUCAAUUUGGACUUCCAUAAAUCGAAUAAUCGAAGGGAAAUCUACGGUUUACCACGAGGUAAACCUCCCCCGAUCUUUCUCACCUAUGGAACAGCUAUGUGGGAUUGAUGAAAAAAAUGAUAUUGCUGGUCAUGGGAAUUGGUAUUGUGGUGUUGGUAAUGUAUAUGUUAUUGGCUCAAUCGGCGACAAAAAUCAUUGGGAUUGGUAUGAGAAUGGUGGUCAAAAUUAUAAUGCUUCCGAUCAAAUUGGUAGCUCACAUCAUUUGUUUCUUGUGGGAGCGUCGACCGAGAUCGACCGAGAUGGAAAUGAAGCAACAUAUAUUGUAAUGCUCGUUUUUUUUGCUGGCCCGACAACAUCAAAGCUGGGGAAUGUCGAAGAUUCCCAUUCUUCGACUAAUAAUUCUUAA